AUGCGCCAGGCAGCUGCAGCGACUGGCAGCGGCUGGGCAGCGGCUUGGCAACAGCUGGCAGCAGCUGCCAGCCAGAUUGACAGCGCAAGCCAUCCCCCGCCUGCUGACCAUCUUACAGAACACGCACCUACCCAGCGUUGCCAGGUAUUGAUUGACUCGAUUCGAGCAGUUUGGCGUUUAGCGACGCACGACUCGGAGGAUGACGACGACAACGACGACGACAACGACGACGACGAAGCCGACACUGACGACUCACAGGCAGCAAGCAAUGUACUAAACGGCCCCUUGAUCUUGGACCCUCGGGCGGGAAAGCCACUGCAAAAGUCCCAACCCGGAGCGACCAGCGACCAGCGACCAGCGGCCAGCGGCCAGCGGCCAGCGGCCAGCGGCCAGCGAAUAGCGAAAUGGCGAAAUGGCGAAUACCGCGUUGGUGCGCCGCUUCCAACCUGA